AUGGAGAAGUGGGAGAUACAAACUUUCAAAUUUAAGGCUAUUCCCCGUAACAUUGUUCGGUACGAAUGGAUCAAGUAUAAGCGAAAUUUCGAUUUUAUCGUUGCGGCUUCAGGAGAGACCGAUAAAACUCGUAUCAAGAAUAUUUUUCUUGCACGAGCCGGUCCAGAUCUCCAGGAGGUAUUCGCGUCGAUCCCGGGUGCCGAUGUGGCUGAAAACGAAAACGAGGGGAUUGACCCAUACGCGGUCGCUAUACAGCAUCUAGACGCAUACUUUUCCCCUAAGCAACACGAGACGUUUGAGAGGAAUGUUUUCUGGACACUCAAACCGAAUCCGGAGGAGACAAUCGGAAAGUUUAUGUUGCGUUGUCAGGAUCAGGCUAGCAAGUGUAACUUUGGAACUUUUGCAAAAAGAGCCUCCGAAUCCGUUGGGAUAAAUAGUGAUGAGAGGAGUAGCAUCAACCAAAUCCGAUUUCCCUCCAGCAACGAAUGUACAAGAUGUGGAAACGACAAACAUCGGGCUAACGAUCUUAAGUGUCCUGCUCGUAAAAAGGAGUAUGGCAAGUGCAAACGAAUGGGACAUUAUGCCGUAAAAUGUCGAACACCUACAACUAAAAGGAAGUUUGCGGAAGAAAAUAGACCAGGUCCUAGCCACAGAUUCAAGCGAUACCGCAUAAACGAGAUCGAGAGCGACAGGGAAAGGGAAUCUCGAAGUUUCAUAUUUAAUAUAAACGACGGCGGAGAAUUACUUUGGCUCAAGCUUGGUGGAGUAACGUUACAGUUACUGAUCGAUUCGGGCUGCGUGAAAAAUAUAAUCAAUGAAAAGGCGUGGGAAUACUUGAAGAAUAAUGGAGCGAAGAUAAGAAACCAAGUGAAGCAUUGCAGCGAAGUGUUUCUGCCGUAUGGGGAAAAAGCCAAACCGUUGACUGUCCUUGGGAAGUUUGACGCAUGCAUAUCAAUUGAUGACGAAGGAAAACUCAUUGAAGAGGUUGCGACGUUUUACGUGGUACUCGGAGGCCAACAGUGCUUGUUAGGUCGUACCACAGCCAUGAGUCUGGGGGUUUUAUUUAUCGGAUUACCGAGCACUCACGGAAUUAACAUGAUUAAGUCUACGCAAAAACGGCCAUUCCCGAAAAUCAAAGGCGUUCAAAUCGAGAUCCCUAUUGACAAAAGUGUUGCGCCGGUGUGCCAACAUCCUCGUCGUCCCCCAAUUGCUCUUUUAUCCAAAAUAGAGGAAAAGCUAACCUCUUUGCUUGUUAGUGACAUCAUCGAGCCGGUAGAAGGCGGCUGUCAAUGGGUUUCGCCAUUAGUAACAGUGGUUAAGGAUAAUGGGGACCUUCGAUUGUGCGUCGACAUGCGCCGAGCAAACCAGGCGAUUUUGCGAGAACGUCAUAUUAUGCCCACGGUUGAGGAUUUUUUGCCCAGAUUCACGUCCGCGAAGUAUUUUAGUCGUCUCGACAUAAAAGAGGCUUUUCAUCAAGUGGAGUUGAAAGAAGAAAUCCGUUACAUAACAACCUUCAUAACCCACAAGGGCCUCUUUCGCUAUAAACGGCUGAUGUACGGAAUUGUAGUUGCUCCAGAGAUCUUUCAGCGAAUCUUGGAGCAAGUUUUGAGUCGCUGCAAAAACACCGUCAAUUUUAUCGACGAUAUCCUUGUCUUUGGUAGCACAGAAGAAGAACAUGAUGCGGAACUAAAGGUAGUACUAUCGAUUCUGAAAGAUCGUGAAAUCUUCUUAAACCAAGAGAAAUGUCUGUUCAAGGUUAAUAGUUUGGAAUUUCUCGGACACACGAUCUCGUCGGAAGGUAUAAGACCGUCAAACCGUAAAGUUGAGGCUCUUCAAAGAUUUCGACCACCAAUCACCGCCGAGGAGGUACGAAGUUUCCUUGGGUUAGUGACGUACGUCGGACGCUUCCUCCCGAAUCUAGCAACAAUAACAGCACCGCUUCGCGAACUGACCCGGUCCGGCAUUAAAUUUGUAUGGGGGACAAAACAAGAGGAAUCCUUCAUGAAGAUUAAGAACAUGAUCAGUAAUGUGCAGCAAUUGUAUUUUUUCGAUAACACCUUCCGAACUAGGCUUAUCGCGGAUGCAUCACCAGUAGCGUUGGGGGCGGUUUUAAUACAAUUCGAAGGUUCAACUGAUAGCGAGCCACGACCGAUUGCAUACGCCAGCAAGAGUCUAACAAGCACCGAACAGAGAUACUGUCAGACUGAGAAAGAGGCAUUAGCCUUAGUUUGGGGUGUAGAAAGGUUUGCGGUAUAUCUUUAUGGGAGGACUUUCGAGCUUGAGACGGACCAUAAACCGUUAGAAGCGAUUUUUCGACCAACAUCUCGGCCAUGUGCUCGUGUGGAGCGAUGGGUUCUGCGCCUCCAGUCUUUUUCUUUCAUAGUGAAAUACCGUCAAGGAUCAUCCAACAUAGCGGACCCCCUAUCUCGUCUGGUGAAUAAUCCGCCAUCGGAGACGUUUGACGCGGAAAGUAAGUUCAUGGUUUUAGCGGUAAUGGAGUCCGCUGCCAUCGACGUACAGGAACUUGAAGAUGCCACCCGAUCGGAUUCAGUUCUCAACAGAGUCAAAGAAUGUUUGCGGUCAGGAAUUUGGGACAAAGAGCAGGCUAAACCAUUUGCUUCAUUCAAGGACGAACUUGGAUUGGUAGGAGAUUUGUUGGUCCGGGGAAACAAACUUGUCGUACCUGUUAAACUUAAAUCAAGAAUGCUUGACAUUGCCCAUGAAGGACAUCCGGGAGAGUCCUUAAUGAAACGCCGUCUCCGUGAGCGCGUGUGGUGGCCGGGCAUGGAUAAAGAUGCCGUGUCCCGAGUAAAGACGUGUGAAGGCUGCCGUCUGGUUGGACUACCAAGCAAACCGGAACCGAUGAGCUGUCGCUCUCUACCUUCUGGACCAUGGAUCGACACCGCUAUUGAUUUUUUGGGUCCUCUGCCAUGUGGUUCUUAUCUUUUGGUUAUCAUUGACUAUUAUAGCCGUUAUAAAGAAAUUGAAAUCAUGUCGAAAAUAACCGCUAAAGAUACCAUUAACCAGUUUGACAGAAUCUUCACUCGCUUAGGUUACCCUCGGACCAUUACGCUCGACAAUGCCAAGCAGUUUAUCGGCACUGAACUAGAGAAGUACUGCAAGUACCACGGAAUCACGUUGAAUCAUUCGACACCGUACUGGCCGCAAGAGAACGGCCUGGUGGAGCGGCAGAACAGAUCUCUCAUAAAACGCCUCCAGAUCAGUGCUGCCUUCGGAAGAGACAGGAAACAGGACCUGCAGGACUAUCUUAUCAUGUACUAUACGACGCCUCAUUCCAUAACCGGGAAAACGCCCACCGAACUAAUGUAUGGCCACACAAUUCGAUCUAAGCUCCCAGCAAUUGGAGAUGUUGAGACGGUUCCGCCACAAACAGAGUUCAGAGAUCGGGACCAACAAUUGAAAGAAAAGGGGAAGGAAAUGGAAGACACUCGUCGUCGUGCAAGGAAGUCUUCAAUAGAGUCAGGGGAUACAGUUCUUAUGCAGAACUUAAAACCUGGAAACAAGCUGCUCACCACCUUCAGCCCAAAACAAUACCUUGUUCUGUUACGGUCUGGCUCACGGGCAACAGUCGAAGACCUCCAGAAUGGCAAAUCAUAUGAUAGGAACGUUGCGCAUCUUAAAAAGAUUGUUCAGCCAGAGAUUGUAUCAGACGGGGUACCUUUCAAUAACAGUGACGAUCAAGAUGAGUUGCAGGCGUCAUCUGAAGAGGAUUUCCAUGGUUUUGAUUCAGAGGUAACGAAUUCCGAGACUAAUUCAUCUGAACCCAUCAUACCUGCUCGCCAGCGCAGAUCAGCCAAGAAACCUAGUCGGUUCAAUGACUACUACAUGUAG